AUGGGGGACGUGGAGCAGGGCUUCUCGAGGGCAGCCGGGGGCUACGCUUCGACGAGUGGAGCGAUGGGAACGAGAGGAGAGACAGGUAGAGAUAGGGAUCCCCCGCCAGGGUACGACGGGUUAGAUCCAGAGACCACCUUUCGUCAGUACGAGAAGCAGGUGGCCUUGUGGGAGUACGAGACGGAGGUGGUUCGGGCGAAAAGAGGUGUGAAGCUCAUUCGGCAUCUCUCAGGUGUAGCUUUGACAGCUGUGGACCACCUCGAGAUCGAGCAGAUCACCGGUGAGGAAGGAGUCAAGAACAUCUUGACUGCUUUGAGGGAGUUCUUCAACCCACACCUGGAAGUCUCCCUUCCCCGUGCCUUCGAGGCCGCAGUUUAUGGUGCACCAAGAUCCACGAAGGAGACCUUUGGCGAGUUCACCAAGCGAAUGGAGAGGGCAUUCGUGAACCUGGCCAAGGAAGGAGUUGACCUACCAGACGGUGCACGCGGGUACAUCAUGUACCAGCAAGCCUCCCUGUCCGAGUCUCAGGAACAGCAGCUGUUGACAUGGGCGCAAGGCUGCUACAAUCGAAAAGAGAUCACGAUCGCACUCCGCAGGUUGGACAAAGUCAUUCGGGACAAAGGCAAGACUGGCUUCAUGACUGAAGAGGGCUAUGAGGCUGAGAUCCACAUGGGUGAGGCCUACUUGAAUGAAGAUUCCGGCUACCCGGAUGACGACGAUGAGAACUUUGUGUACAUGUUACAUCGCCGACAGCAGAUGCCGGCAUACAUGGAGCGCCCAGCGUUCUGCGGGAUCACCACCAAACCAGUUGAGGGGGUUGUUGACACGGGGUCCAAGUCAGCGGACAGCGUCGAGGACUACUACGCCGAGGUGAUCAUGAAUGGCGCCCCAUUGAAGUGGGCCCUAGAAGGAAGAGCGGCAGACAUCCGGAAGCAGCUUCAUGAAGCAAGGCCCCUUGAGCAUGAAGAUGGAGAGUCCGCCCCAAGUUCGAGGCUCUGCAAGUUCCGCCCCAAUGACUCCUGUGAGGAAUGGAGGACCCAUCAUGGAUCGAGUGCCUCCAAUGCCAAACACCCCGAUGAGAACUCAGGGAGCCAUCCAGGAGGGCUGGCCAUCACCAGCGGUCUCCGAGCAAAGCUUGCACGAGAUGAAGGAGAGCCUCCGGCAAGAAAUGGAUAUGAACAACCAGAUCAUCCUGCAGCAGCUCAAGAACGAGCAGGCGGCCUCCAUGAUCAGAUCUCGCAGGCGAGCUACACCCAGGUCAACCACCUGGUGGAGGAGAUGAGGAAGACCGCCAAUGCCAGCCGAGAACAAGAACUCCGGCCAGAGAAGCUGCUGCAGAUGCUGGUCCAAUUGCAGCAGGAACAACACCCAGGAGCCGGGUCACAGCAUUCACCUCCACGGCCACCGCAAUGGUUGUCCUCCUUCUUCACCACCAACAUCUCCGCCGGUUUCUGGCGUUUGCGCAACAUCAUCUUUGACGGCGAACCUGGUGGCAUCCUAGGACCUGGAGGUGCAGACAGUGGCUUCCUCACUGAAUCCAAGGAGGUCCAAAAGCCCCGAGGAAAGAGACCGACCAGGUGGGCAAGGAAGGCUCAGAGAGGGCAGAAUCCCUACUUCGUGGUGGACAAGGAGUACUACAUGUGGGACCAUGGCGAGUGGAAGAAGAAAAGUGUGGAAAUUGAAGAAGAUCACUUCAACGACCGGAGACUGAGCAGGGCCAACAAGAAGAAGCUGGCCAAGGCUAUGAGAGAAAGGAGGGAUGCAGUGCAGAUUGGGGAAGUCUAUGGUCCUGGACGCAUGAAGGAGGCAGCAAGUGAAUGGAAGUUGUCCAUGUCCACGUGCUAUGACCUCCUCACUGGAUGGGACCUGGCACAAGAAGAUCACAGAAAAGCUAUGUGGCAAGCUUUGAGAGAAGAGAAGCCCGACUUCCUGAUCAUCAGCCCACCGUGCACUGCCUUCAGCCAGCUGCAAGCGGUCAACUGGGGCCGGAUGAUGCCACAAAGAAGAGUGGCACUCCUGAAAGCUGGGCUGGAACAUCUCCAGCUAGCAGCUGCGGCGGUGAAGUGGCAACUCAACCGUGGAGGCCAUAUCCUGUUUGAACAACCAGCUGGCGCCAGCUCGUGGAAAGAACCAUGCAUCCAGGCAGUAGCACAGAGGCCAGAGGUCUACACCAUUGUGAACCAUCAGUGCCAAUUUGGGCUGAACGUCGAUGGUCUCGGGCCCAACAAGAAGCCAACCCGCUGGAUGUCCAGCUCACAUAAAGGUUCUGUCACGGCUCAACCGCCGAUGCGCCGGGGAACACACGCACACACCCUCCAGAACGGCAUGCCUGCCAAAGCAGCCAUUUAUCCACCACAACUGUGCCACGCCAUUGCUCAGGGCAUCGCUGAACAGACGCAGGCUCAGGAGCGCUAUGCCGCGGACGCUGAGGAAGAAGAAGAUGAGGAGGUAGAAGGACCUCCAAUAGAAGAACAGGAAGACCACGGCGCAGUGACAGAAGUGGAAAAGAAGGCACUCACGAAGGUGCACAAGGCCGUUGGUCAUCCGCAGAACCAGGAGUUUGUAAGGUUUCUGCGGGCAGCUCGAGUUCGCGGAGAUCUCAUCCGCUGGGUUGCUCAGGAGUUCAAACGCGACGUAUGCCAAGCAAAUCAGCGGAGGAAACACAAGCCGAUCCUGAACAUGGUGGACUGGGGCACGAAUUACCAAAUGUGCGAGAUGCUGCCGGGAAAGAAUCCAAAUGAAGUCUGGGCCGCGUACAGGAGCACAUGGGCAAGAACGUUCGGGCACCCAGAAGUGAUUAUCUGCGACAUGGGCAGGGAAUUCAUGGGUGAGUUCAUCUCCAAGGCAGCUUCCGAAGGCAUAGUGGUUCACCAGAUAGCCAGCAAAGCUCUGUGGCAACAAGGAAAGACAGAAAGGCAUGGUGGCCACAUGAAGGAGAUGAUCAACAAGGCCCGAAGUGAAAUGGUGAUCCAAACGGACGAAGAUUUGAAGCUCAUGCUCUCAGAAGUCGAGCAGAUGAAGAACCGGUAUUCCAACCGGAGUGGAUUUGCACCAGUGCAAAGGCAGGUCGGACAGUGGCCAAGACUGCCCACGGAGCUCACGUCAGACAAUGCGGUGGACCCUACGCUGCUGGACGGGGUGCUGACCGACGACAUUGAAAAGCUGCAUGAAGUCCGAAGGAUCGCUCGCAAAGCCUUCUGCGAAUACAAUGCGGACUCCACGAUCAAACGGGCACUCCGCUCACGCCCUCGAGUGUCGUGA